AUGAGGGCGGGCGGGCAAACAGCGCUCACGCUCACACGGGCCGGCCGCCGCCCACGACUUCAGCCGGGCGGCAGGAGCGAUCCCCGCGGGGGCGAUCCGGCCGGCGGAGGGCCGAGCGAGGCGGAACCCGAGCCGGCCAGCGCCCCCCGGCGGGACGGCCGCACCCCGCCCCCCACCCCGCCCGGGGCCACCCCCGCUACCGGUAGGGCUACCGGCCCCCGGGCUACCGGCCGCCACCGCCCCGCGCGCGCGCCCUGCCCCCGCCCACGGGCCCGCCCCCGCCGUUCCUGCGCGAACACUUCCUGCCCACGCCCAGGGAGCCUCCGGCGCGCGCACACCCCUCCGCGCCGAUGGUUCCUGCCCGGCCCGGCAUUCCCCCCUCCCGGCCCCCGGGAGGAUGGUUCCUGCCCAGGCCCAUCAUCUCCAGCCCUUCCCAACAGUCACCUCCCUCCCCUCCGCGAAAAUACUCGGCCCACAAAGAUGGCGGAUGACAAAACAGCUCCAGCGGCGCCCUCCCCCAGACCGCCGCGCUCGUCUCCCCCCGCCCAGCCUCCCCGCCCGCCCGCCUCGCCCCCGGCCGCCUUCUCAACCCCCCGGUCCUCCCCCGCCGCCCUGCCCAGCCCGCCCUGCCCUUCCCCCCAGCCUCCCCCACCCCGCCGCCACCGCCGGUCUCCGUCUCGCCGCGGCGGGACCGGCCGAGCUCCCGGACCCGCCGCCUCCCCCCACCCCGCCGCCCGCGCUCACUCACGCUGUGGGAGCCGCCGAAGCGCGGCUGACAGACCUCCCGCUCCGCCUCUGCGGCCGACGCUGCGGCCGGUUUAA